CCAAGUGUGACGUGAAGUUUAUUUUUAUGAGGGCAGAAAUCAAUUUCUAAUCACCAGCUUAUAAAUGCUAUAAAAGCCACCUGUUUACCUUUUUUCAGCACUACAACAGUCAAGAGAAUAGCCUUUCCCAGCCAUCGACCAUCGCUUUCUAUAUUUGAUUUGCCAUGCAAGCGGGAACAAGUUUUUUCAAUGAGAACACGCCAUCAAUCGUGAUACGAAGUCUCUUCGACAAGUACGACAAAGAUGGCUCCGGUCGGCUUAAUUAUGGUGAGAUCAAUGAUCUUUUGCAGAACGAUUUAGGGUUUUCGAAGGAGCAAGCGAAAGUUUAUUCCAUGUUAUUGGACAAAGAUGGAGAUCAGACCAUUUCUUUUGAAGAAUUUCUCGACUGGCUUCAUAGCGGAGAACGGUUCAAGGUUAUUCAAGACAAAUCGAGAUUCCACAAACUGUGCAAAGCGGUGGAGUUAUUCAAAACUUAUGAUGCAGACAACAGCAAUAACCUAAGCAAAGACGAAUUUAAGCAUUUGCUUGAUUCCCUUGGAUAUCAGGGAGUAGAUGUGGAGAGGUUUUUCGAAUACCUGGAUGAACACAAGAAUGGAAAGAUUUCAUUCUGGGAGCUAAUGAAGUGGCUAAACUGGGUUCCAGUCAGUUGAACUCCAAACAAUUAAAUACAAAUUAAUAAUUGUCUGUACUCCUAACCUCGGCAACAGCACUUCAGGAGCAAGUCGGAUUCCAUUUGUUUGGACUUAUAAGUAAACUUUUACAGAAUUACGUUCCACAUUUUAUGUAAUUUAAACAUGAUUCGGUGGGGAUGUUGUUAAGGCAUCACAGAUAACUAAAUUAUGUGAAUAAAAAUUGUAAACAAUAUGGCUGCAAUAAGCAAUCAUAACCACAUUAUGCAAUAGACUAAAACCAUAAAUGCAAUUUUUUUGUCUUAAAAAUCUAAAUGAAAAAGUACCCAUUGCCAUAUAGUGAGACGGUUUUCAAAUAAAGAGCACUUGAAAGUAAUAGUUACUUUAAUAAUUUGGCUUGUUAUUGUCACACAGAGACAUUAUUUUGGGUACUGUUAAGUAAUCUACAUUUGCUAUUCAAGGCAGCUAUAUCAAGAUCAUUCUUAGCAUAAAAAUCACUUAGAAAUAAAUUUAAAAUGAUUUAGGAUGAAUUUGUUGUUACAGCAAGAUUUACACCAGAAAAUUGUUGAAAACUGUUUGUUAUGUAUGGUUUCAUGGUUGCAACAUACAAAUAUUACUUUGGGCUUUGACACUAGUUACCUACAUCUUUUAAAUCGGUAAAUAAGUUAUUUUGAGAAAGUGUUCCCAUAACCAGUACUUUAAAUCAAUAUUUCUAGUUUGCAAGUGUUUGUUUGAUGCCUUGUGUUUGUAUGGUGCCAUAGAAACCAAAAUAUUACCCGACAUACAGGGCCACCGCUACAUGUAACUUAACAGGCAAACCGAGGCACUUGCCUCAGUCAUUUUUUUGUUGUUGUUUUUGUUGUUUAUAGUUAUCAUAAACACCCUAAAUACCUAGGAAGAGAAUUUAACUAUGAACGUUGUCUCAGUCAUAAUGUUUUUCUGGUUACAACCCUGGCAUGAAACAUGAGACAGCAAGACUAUACCACCAGCUGACAACGUGCACUCAAUAAAAGCCUUACACCAGGUUCAGUUUGCACACUUCAAUGGUAGAUUUAUUUAUUUAUUUGCCAGUUACAUAUUUUUUUAUUUUUUCAGCAACAUGGUUUAAAGAGGGUGAGUGUGUUUACAUCAGAAGACAUGUAUGAACUGUUCUAAUUGCUGUCAUUUAACUAAUGAUAAAAUGUCCAAUAAAAUUGGAUCAAGAUUA